UAAUCUGAUUGGUGUGUGUACCACCUCAUGGCAAAAGGUGUAGAAACGCUGAAGCACUCCAUUCUAUUUAUGAUUUCUAUUUAUGAUUGUUUAAAGCUAUAUUUUUUAAUGUCUGCCUUAUUUGUAUUAUUACACAGUUGGGGAGAUAGGGUGGACAGCUCCCUGUCUAGUAGUUGUAGCCUGUAGCUAGUUAUAGGUCUUCUUGAGGAAGCGCCGACAGACGGACAGCUGUGCGAGUUCGCAUUUUCUAAUAAAACAGCAGCACGAGCGAUGGCUUCGGCGUAGCAUUUCUGUACUGUAAUUUUCAUACGGCGGCGAAGUCGACAUUGUGAAGGUUUUGUUCUGUGCUAGUUUCGUGGUGUCCGUGUGCCGGCAUGACAUAACAGCUACGAGCAAGAGCCGCUUCGAUUAUGGGAACAUUCAGGUUUGAGGAACCCUGAUCCGAUUGGCUCCGGCACCGCCCUACCAGGUGACCCUACAGCCGGGGAGACGUGUAAGGAGACCCAGCCACAGCCUCCCCUGUCCAACAGUGCGUUGCACAGUGCCUACCACCACAACCAUGCCCACCCCCAGCGGCAGCCCCGAGAGAGAGGGCUCCACAGGGGGACCCAACCAGCUGGAGUGUCCCCCCUCCUCUCCCCCUGGCAUGGACCAUUCCAUGGGCAGCCCCCUGCUCAGCCCGGACUCAUCUUGCCAAGAUGCCAUGCUCUCAGCCCCCGCUGCCUCCCCUGCUGACUCGGAGAGCCUGAGCCCUGACGAGCUAGAGCUGCUGGCCAAGCUGGAGGAGCAGAACAGACUUCUGGAGGCAGACUCCAAGUCGAUGCGUUCGAUGAGCGGCUCGCGGCGGAACAGCGGCUCGUCCCUGGUGUCCAGCUCCUCUGCCUCGUCCAACCUGUCCCACCUGGAGGAGGACACCUGGAUCCUGUGGGGACGCAUCGUCAACGAGUGGGACGAAUGGAGACGCAAGAAGGACAAGCUGCUCAAGGAGCUGAUCCGUAAGGGCAUCCCACACCACUUCCGGGCCAUCGUGUGGCAGCUGCUUGGUAACGCCACAGACAUGCCAGUGAAGAACCAGUACUCUGAGCUGCUCAAGAUGUCCUCGCCCUGCGAAAAGCUCAUCCGCCGGGACAUCGCCCGCACCUACCCCGAGCAUGAGUUCUUCAAGGGCCAGGACAGCCUGGGUCAGGAGGUGCUCUUCAACGUCAUGAAGGCGUAUUCUCUGGUGGACCGGGAGGUGGGCUACUGCCAGGGCAGUGCCUUCAUCGUGGGCCUGCUGCUCAUGCAGAUGCCAGAGGAGGAGGCGUUCUGUGUGUUUGUGCGUCUGAUGCAGGAGUACCGUCUGAGGGAGCUUUUCAAACCAACCAUGGCUGAACUAGGCCUCUGUAUCUACCAGUUUGAAUACCUGCUGCAGGAGCAGCUCCCGGAGCUAAACGUCCACUUCCGUUCUCAGAGUUUCCACACCUCCAUGUACGCCUCCUCCUGGUUCCUCACUCUCUUCCUCACCUUCCUCCCCAUGCCCGUCGCCACACGUAUCUUUGAUAUCUUCAUGUACGAGGGUCUGGAGAUAAUAUUUCGUGUGGGCAUGGCCAUUCUGCAGUACAACCAGACUGACCUCAUCCAGCUGGAUAUGGAGGGCAUGUCUCAGCACUUCCAGAAGGUGAUCCCCCACCAGUUUGACAGCUGCCCAGACAAGCUGAUCCUGAGGGCCUACCAGGUCAAAUACAACCCCAAGAGGAUGAAGAAGUUGGAGAAAGAGUACACCACAAUCAAGAACAAAGAGAUGGAGGAGCAGAUAGAGAUCAAGAGGUUACGCACAGAGAACAGGCUUCUGAAGCAGAGGAUUGAGACAUUGGAGAAGGAAAGUGCUGCUCUAGCAGACAGGCUGAUACAGGGUCAGGUGACGCGGGCGCAGGAGGCGGAGGAGAACUACGUGAUCAAGCGGGAGCUGGCGGUGGUGAGGCAGCAGUUCAGCGUGACCAGCCAGAACCUGGAGAAAGCCCAGGACACCAUCGGAGAACUGCAGCGGGAGAAGUACACAGAGCAGUUUGUGACCGGUCUGCAGAUGCAGCUGGAGCAGUCCCGGCUGCAGGAGGCAGAGCUACUGGGGGCACUCAAAGAGAUGCAGGACAAAGUACUGGACCUAGAGAAGAGGAGCAGCUCUCUGCCUGAUGAGAACAACGUGGCCCAGCUGCAGGAUGAGCUGAAGCUGGUGAAGCUCCGAGAGCUGGAGACACUGCACUCCUUCAGAGAGAUGCAGGACACGGUGACCGAGCUCAACCAGCGCUGGCAGCUCCACAUGUCAAAAGGUGGCGGGGGUCACUGGAAGGAAUCCCCCAAGAAGAAUGCCCUGAAUGAGCUGCAGGACAAGCUGAUGGGGGUGCGUCUGAGAGAGGCCCAAGCCCAGGCUGAACUCAGGGAGGUCAAACUCCAAGCCAUACAGCUGGAGAGCCAGAACCAGAUUCACAGCAAGCUGAUUGGGCGCCAUGAGGUGGAGAGCGCCGCCAUGCAGGAGAGGCUGCAGCAGCUGGCGGGCCAGAACAAGGGGAUGCUGGCCCAGCUCACCGAGAUGAAGAGGAAACAGGCCGAGCUCGACUGCAAGAGUAAAGAGGAGGUGAUGGCGGUGCGCUUGCGGGAGGCUGACAGCAUGGCUGCCAUGGCUGAGUUCAGACAGAAGAUAGCUGAGCUGGAGAUACAGAAGGAGGAGGGUCUGAUCCAGGGCCAGCUGAACCACUCUGACUCCAGGCAGUAUAUCACCCAGCUUCGAGACCAGAUCGGAGAGCUCAAGAAUGAGAUCAGGCAGCUCCGCGGGCAGCGCUCCAAGUUCGCUCCUAGUUCCCGGGAUGGGGGCGGGGGCUACCCGGAUCUGUGUCUAGCUAGCCCCUCGUCAGCCGGAGGCGACUACCUGAGCUCGGAUGAGGAACUUCUCCCCAGCCCCAUCCCCCCUAACGCCAUGUACCCCGCCCUGCCCCACCCCUCGGCCAGGCUGGACAGCGAGGGCAGCACCGACAGCGAAGCAGAGGCCCACCCGGACCACCCCCACCACGGCCCCUCGCAGCAGCUCUACACUAGCAUGGUGUGUGCUGAGGUCCUGGACAACUGAGCCAUGGAGGUCCCUGGAACUACCUGGUCCUGUACUCAGUAUCUCUUUAGUAUUAGAGAUGCUGUACUCGCCCCAACUUUACUGUACUACUGUUUUCACCCUAAACUACUGUAACCUGUAACGGACAUCCUCCCCUUCUCCUCCUUCAUGUUGGUGCCAUGGUCUCUCCUCUUUUUUCUCUUUUCUCCAUUUCCCCCUUUUACUUCUCUCUUCUCUCCUAUCUCUCUUCACUUAUCCCUCUCUUUAUCUCCCUCUCUCUCCCUCAAUCUCUUUCUCCUCUACAUUCUCACAGACCCUGUAUUCCCUAUGGGGGUUGAGUCAAUUCCAGUCCUAUUCCCCUGUCCUGUCCUGUCCUUGGCAUUAGUUUCCACACUGCACUCCGGACCUGAGUGAAGAACAGAUAAUUUCAGUAUGCUCGCUCACUGUGCAGCAAGCAUAUCCUAUCCGCACAGAAAGCCGAGAAAAUAAAAGGGAUUGAAAAUGGACCAAAAAAUUUGCUUUCAAUACUCCAACCAUACCACACAGCAGUGACUAUGAGAUGCAUAGGACAUCACUUUGAUUAAAUGAUUCCCCUCAAGUUUGUAAGGACUUCAAUAUGGACUUGGGAUCGGUAAAAGAGGAUAUGGAUGGAUGACUUGUUGGGCUUGACCCUGCUCGUACUGUCCCGUGAGCGAGAUGUGGGACUUACUGUCUCCCUCCAUCUUUCUCUUUCCUCCUCCUUUUCUCUCUCUCUCUCUUUCUGUCAUUUCAUCAUUCCAAGAAGACCCAUUGGCCACCUGCACUGCCUGUCAAAAUGGAAACAACCAUCCACUGUAACCUCACAAUGCACACUUCAAAACAAAUGAGAGGGAAUGAAGGAAGGAUAGAGGUAGGAAAGGAGUAUGGUAUGGACUUGUACACAUCAAUAUCAUAGGGAUGUUACUAGAUGACAUCACAUGCAUAGAUGAAUAUUAACAAUUUACCUUACUGAAAUAUGUUUGUUGUGUCUGUCUUGCAAAUGAAACAAGGCAAGCGAAUUACGAUGGCUAAUGUCAACCACAAAAAAAUCUCCACGUUGCCAAAUCUUAGGUAAUUUUUCUGCUAUUAUUUAUGUUCUUAUAUAUUUUAAUAUUUUUUAUAUAUCUAUAUAAAUAUAUAGAUACCAACGGCGGCCAAACAUUAUAUAUACGUUGAGUUCCCUCUGUCCUUUGUGCCAACUUGAAUCCUGAGGCUGAGGUGUCAACGGACGGCGUCCUUGACGAUUCAUGUCAGAGAGACGGAACAAAUGCGCUGCUAUGAUUUUCCUUUUUUUUCUCCCAGUCUUCUUUUAUGUUAUGUUCUAUCUCCUCGACAUGCAGUCGAACUUUACACCCCUUAGGAAUCAGUUGUGAGUGCGAAAACUACUGUGAAGCAAUUGUUGAGCGGUUAUGGCUAUGCUUCAUAAUGAUGUCUCUACCUAUGACUUGUGCAAUACCCACACAUAAACAACUCCUUUAUACUCUAUUUGAAAUGUGUUAAGGCAUUUUUAAACCCCAAGAGCAUGUAUCAACCCACAAGUGUUUAUAAGAGGACAGCAAUGGCUCAGUCAAUCAUUCAUUUUGUCUCAUGGUGAGGCUGGAGUUUACUAGUUUGGGACUGCUUGGCAUGUGUCCGUCAAAAUGCUGUGUGAGUGACGUGAAGGGGUUCAUUUGAAGUUACCAAAAAAAAAAAGAAUUUGUUGAAAUUGACUAA